AAACCCACCCCAUUCUUGUGCCCAGCUCAGCCUGGCACCAUGGAGAUCGUCUUGUUCGCUCUUCUGCUGAGCGCCACAGCAGCCUCACAGCUGGAGGAUGAUGAUAAGAUAAUAGGUGGAUAUGAGUGCUCGCCCCACUCCCAGCCCUGGCAGGUCUAUUUCACAUAUGGCUCAGACGAACGCUGGUGCGGGGGGUCACUCAUCAAUGAGUGGUGGAUCGUCUCAGCAGCUCAUUGCUACAAAACGCCCAGGACCCUGGUGGCUCAUCUCGGGGAGCAUGACACCAGUGCAGACGAGGGCACUGAGCAGCAUAUCCAAGUGGCCAAAGCCAUCCAGUUCCCCCAGUACAGCCAACGCACCAUGAAUAAUGACAUCAUGCUGGUGAAGCUAGCCCAGCCGGCCCGGUUCGGUGCCUACGUGCAGCCAAUCUCCAUCUCCAGCAGCUGCCCUGUGCCAGGGACGGAGUGCCUGGUCUCUGGCUGGGGGAACCUCCUCACAUCUGACGUUCAGUACCCGGAUGCCCUACAGUGUCUGAAUGUGCCCAUCCUCUCUGACUCUGCCUGCCGUGCUGCCUACCCUGGUCGCAUCACCACGAACAUGUUCUGUGCUGGCUACAUAGAAGGAGGCAAGGACUCUUGUCAGGGAGACUCCGGUGGGCCAGUGGUCUAUAAUGGAGAAUUGACGGGAGUGGUGUCCUGGGGCAUCGGGUGUGCCCAGAAGAACCACCCUGGCGUCUAUACCACAGUGUGUAACUACGUGUCCUGGAUUGCGGAGGUCAUUGCCAACAACUGA